AUGGAAACUCGCUCUUCAAUAUUUUUAUGUUUGUUAUUUUCAUUAUGUUUUGCACAAGAGUCUCAACCCUGUUCGCCAUCGUCUCCGUUAACUAUAGACCUCUCAAAUGCCAGUGUACAUUCAAAUAAUGUCUUCAAACUAGACAGUGUAAUUUAUAAUCAAAGUAAUUAUUAUAUUGAAGAUAGCGGAAAAAAGAAGGGAUGUUUGUGUAAUAUUAAAAAUUGUAUUCGAAAGUGCUGUGGCCGAAAUUCGUUUAUGAAUGAUACCAAGGACGAUAAUUUUUGUGAAAACUCUGCUAAUGUAAAUUUUAGUUUAGAUGUCUAUCAUGAGACUGAAAAAAAAUACCACGGUAAUUUAAAUAAUUUUACGAUGUUAUUCGGUUAUGACUGUCCAGAAAAUUUACACUCUUUUCGCGUUGACUCAAGUGAUCAAAUAUUUAUACAAGAAAAUGGUACUUUAUAUUAUGCAGACUGGAUGGCUCUAUAUAAUUUGGACUCUUACUGUGUGGACUUUUUCCAAGAUAAUGAACUUUCAGCUAUGGUAUGCGAACCUUAUGACGAAGAAGCUGAUACCCAAAGAACAGUUAAUUCAAUUGGUCUGUUAAUAUCGAUGCCAUUCCUAUUCCUAACAUUCUUGGUUUAUGCAGUAUUACCCAAACGGAACUUACAUCGACGAGCUUUAAUGUGUUAUGUUAUUUGCGCUCUCGGAGGUAAUAUUACCUUGAUUAUAGUAAAUUUGGUUCCUUACAAACUUCCAGAUGUUCCCUGUCAUCUUCUAGGUUAUCUAAUAAUAUAUUUUUUCCUUGGAUCAUUUAUUUGGUUAAAUGUAAUGUGUAUUGACAUGUGGUUAGCUUUUAGUUCAUCAACUGGAUUUUUGAGCAAGAAAACAACAGAGAAAAAAAGAUUUAUUAUGUAUAGCAUUUAUGCAUGGGGAGUGCCGUUUUGUUUUGUAACAAUGGUAUUGAUAAUAAAUACGCAUGGUCACCCAAAAUCUCACUUUUAUCCAAAUCUUGGAAGUGGAGCUUGUUUUUUAGCAGAGGGAUGGCCAAUGUUCUAUUUUUUCUAUUUACCAAUAGGCAUACUUCUCACUGUUAACAUUCUGUUAUUCAUUGUGACAUCAUUAAAAAUAUUCAAAAUAAAAGGAGAAACAAAAAUGUUGAAGAGGACAGACAGUAAAAUACAUACUCAUGAGGAUGACAAACAAAAGUUUAAUUUAUAUGUGAAAUUAAUGUUUGCAAUGGGUGUAAACUGGAUUACGGAAAUAAUAUCUUGGGGUGUAUCAUGGAAGACUGAGAAAACGCACGCAGAGAUAUUUUACUUAACGGACUUUACAAAUGCCAUGUAUGGUUUUGUCAUAUUUUUAAUAUUUGUUUUUAAGAAGAAAAUAUGGCGUGGUUUACAGAAAAGAUAUUAUGUAUAUAUUGGAAAACCAGAGCUGGCUCCGUCGACUUCGACUAGAACGCGAACCAGUAAUUGUUCUACAGAUUCUGUUGUUAGUAUUUCUACAGACAACUUCGUUAAUGCGUCACCUAGAGGACCUGAAGAAAUUCCUCUGAAUCGGAAGCACUCUAAAUAA